CCCUUUGCUUCUUUUUUUUUUCUUUUUCUUUUGUCUGGGACAGAAAUUCCGUUUAUGGUUCCGGAAAAUUUUUUAUCGUAAUCCGUGCACACGCAGAGCAAAAGAUAAGGGUGCGUAAAAGGCUGCGCUAAAACCGAUCGUCUUUGGAGUUGCGAACGUUGCGAACAAGAUCUCGGAGACACAACCAUGGGCAUUCAUGCUCCGUUCAGUCUCACCCUCUUCAUGUUUCUCUGGGCAAUGUUGCUGCUUCAAAGAGCUGCAUGCGGCAGUGUGUCGCGCUGCGAGGCGGAUAAACUUGCUUCCUGCAUUACGAAGAACAUGAUAAAUCCCCAUAUGCUUUUUAUGGAGGGCAGCACAGAACUCGACGUGAUUAACUCCUGCAAUAAGGUGAACGACGCACUGACGUGCACGAACGAGGUGAUCGUCGAUGGAUGUUCAGAAGAGGUGAAACGUGCUCUGCCUACUGUGCAAGCGAACUUUGGUCUCGUACGCGAUACUCUCUGCGGCAAAGACGUCCUCGUGGGCAUCAUCGAGUUCAGCAGGUGCAGAGACGCGCGCAUCAUGGAGACGUGCCGGACGGCAGCCCGUCACCACGAGAAGCAGGGUUCGCGGAACAAGACCACAUUCUCCGAAGACGCCAAGUGCAGAGCCUUCAAAACGGAAUUUGACUGCACGCUGCAAGCGACAACAGGGUGUCCCCCAGCUGCCCAGCCAGGAACAGAGGCCAGGAAAGAAUUCAUCCGCGGCCUUCUAGCGCUAGAAAGAUGUCCGACUCUGGGUGACGGCGGGGACGCGGGCUCUAUUUCCGCACCUUGGAACUCGGUGAUCUUGGGAGCCCUGUGUUCCACGUUAUUGUACCCACUCUUGUAUCAAGCACCCAUGUUGCAAGCUUAGAGCUAAACUCAGCAUCAUUGUACGCUCGUAGCCUUCCUUUCCGGACGCUUAAAAAACAGUCUCUGCAAACAACGAGAAAGCGCUUUCUAUACGCAGCUACGCCAUGUUAAGAUAUCUGAGCCGGCUUGCUAGAAUGGACGUCUUAGCUGAGGCUGCGUGAAAGAAAGCCUGCCAAGCCCGAGACGCGUGAGCACUUGGGGCACCUCGACUUGGACUCGACCUCACUUGCCACUGCGUUCAUCCCUUAGCUUUGGAAGCGCUUUCUUUCGCGAACUCUUCGCAAAGACUGUUUUAUCCAAACCAGCCCUGACGUCCUGGUAUUCUGAAUUUCGAAGAAUACGAUAGAUGCAGCGGAGCUAACGCGAGCCAUAACAUAAAUAGACGGAUUAUUCUUUCCUAUGUUGAUUAUAUAUCAUUGAAUAAAAUGUUGACCAGUAGUU